AUGAACCCGUACAUCUUAGCCACCCUCCUGUUCGGCCUAGGCCUGGGGACCACAAUUACAUUUGCAAGCUCGCACUGGCUCCUCGCAUGAAUGGGCCUUGAGAUAAAUACCCUCGCCAUUAUCCCACUAAUGGCACAAAACCACCAUCCCCGAGCAGUCGAAGCUACCACUAAAUAUUUCCUCACACAAGCCACUGCCGCUGCCAUACUACUUUUCGCCAGCACCACUAACGCCUGACUCACUGGGCAAUGAAACAUUGAACAAAUAACACACCCUAUCCCUACUACCAUGAUCAUACUGGCGCUCGCACUAAAAAUUGGGCUAGCCCCAGUUCAUGCCUGACUUCCAGAAGUCCUUCAAGGUCUAGACCUUACAACGGGGCUGAUCCUGUCUACUUGACAAAAACUCGCCCCCUUCGCCCUCAUCCUACAAAUCCAUCCAACAAAUCCCACCCUCCUAAUUGUGCUUGGCGUAGCCUCGACCCUAGUAGGCGGAUGAGGUGGACUAAACCAAACCCAGCUACGAAAAAUCCUAGCCUACUCAUCAAUUGCCCACCUUGGCUGAAUGAUCCUCAUCCUACAAUUCUCCCCCUCACUCACCCUCCUAACUCUCCUCACUUACUUUAUCAUAACAUUCUCAGCCUUUCUUGUUUUCAAACUAAACAAAGCAACAAACAUCAACACUCUGGCCACCUCCUGAGCAAAAGCCCCAGCACUUACAUCACUUACCCCUCUAGUUCUCCUGUCCCUAGGUGGUCUUCCACCACUCACAGGUUUCAUGCCAAAAUGACUAAUCCUGCAAGAACUGUCAAAACAAGAUCUGGCCCCCGUGGCAACCCUAGCAGCCCUAAGCGCCUUACUCAGCCUCUACUUCUACCUACGACUGUCCUACGCAAUAACUCUAACCAUGUCCCCUAAUAACCUAAGCGGAACAGCCUCAUGACGCCUCCCCUCCCUACAGUCAACCCUGCCCGUAGCCACAUCCCUUGUAGCUACCCUUGCCCUUCUACCCCUUACCCCUGCUAUUACAGCAAUCCUCACCCUCUA